CAAGUCUUAGUAGAUUGUAGCUUUUGUUUUACAUUAUUGUCUCUUAUUUCUGUUUCAGCUCCUUGUGUCUUCCCAUUUAUUUACAAGCAGAAUUCAUAUUCUUCCUGCAUUACAAAUGAUUCUGAAAAUAACCAGCCCUGGUGUGCCACCACCUCGAACUAUGAUGAAGUACAACAAUGGAAAUACUGUUCCACUCAAGAACAUGGAGGUAAUUCUGAUGGAAAAGCCUGUGCCUUUCCCUUUGCUUACAAGAACAGGACUUUCUAUAGUUGUACAAAUGAAGAUGAUGAGCAUGGGAAUUUUUGGUGUGCCACCACAGGGAGCUAUUCUAAGGACAAGAAAUGGAGCUACUGCGCUGAUACCAGACUAGCUGCAAAUUCUCAGGGGCCAUGUGUUUUUCCUUUCACCUACAAGGGAAAGUCCUACUCGUCAUGCACAACAGCUGGGUCUUCUGAGGGAAAGCUUUGGUGCUCUCUUACCAGCAACUAUGAUGUAAACCCAAAAUGGACUUAUUGUAAACCUUCAGAAUCUCUCCCCUGCACUUUCCCCUUCAUUUACAACAAAAAGUCCUACUCUGCCUGUACCAGUGAUGGUACUACUGAUAGCCUACUGUGGUGUGCCACAACCACUAAUUAUGACAGGGACAGUAAGUGGAAAGUAUGUGCCCAUGAAGAAUAUGAAGGGAAUUUCAAUGGGAAGGCUUGUGUCUUUCCAUUCACCUACAACAACCGGAUAUUCUUUACCUGCACUACUGAAGGAACAACUGAUUGGAAUUUCUGGUGUGCCACAACAGGGUCCUACGAUGCAGAUAAGAAAUGGAGUUACUGCGCUGAUACAAGGCUUAAUGCAAAACCUAAAGGACCAUGUGUGUUCCCGUUCCUCUACAAUGGAGUCUCCUAUUCAUCUUGCACAACAGCUGGAGAUUCUAAUGGGAAGCUCUGGUGUUCUCUUAGUGGCAACUAUAAUGUGAAUCCCAUAUGGACAUAUUGUCAGCCCUCAGAACAACUCCCAUGUAGCUUCCCUUUCACAUAUAAGAAGAACAGCUACAAUUCAUGCACCAGGGAUGAUACCACAGAAAAUGUAUUGUGGUGUGCCACAACUCCUGACUAUAAUACAAACCAUAAAUGGAAACUAUGCGCCGUUCAAGAAUAUGAAGGGAACUCUCAUGGCCAGGCCUGCGUCUUCCCCUUCAUCUACAAAAAACGAACUUUCUAUACCUGCACCAAUGAAGACACAGCUUAUGGGAGGUUUUGGUGUGCCACAACACGAAACUAUGACCAGGAUAAGAACUGGAGCUAUUGUGCUGAUAUAAGACUGGAUUCCAAGCCAACAGGUCCAUGUAUCUUUCCUUUCAUCUAUCAAGGUAGAUCUUACUCAUCUUGUACAGCAGAUGGGGACUCCAAUGGGAAAUUCUGGUGUUCUCUCAGCAGUAACUAUGAUGUAGAUCCUAAAUGGGUAUACUGUGACCAUUCUGUCCCUUUCUUGGUUGCAUAGAAUAUAAGCUCCUAUUGUGAUGAUGGUGAAGAUGACAAUGACAAUGGCAACAAUGGUGAUGGUGAUGAUGAUGGUGAUGAUGAUGAUGAUGAU